UUUUUGUGUUACCUUUGUUAUGAUUCAAGGAAGAGAGUCUAUGUUAAACUUAUCUAUAGCUUUAAGUCCUCUAGAUUUGUAAAUCUUUUGAUUUAAGUGAAUUUGAUUUUGAAUGUCUUUUUAGUAAAUGAAACCAUUCUCUUAGAUUGUGUUCUUUGAGUUUACAAUAUUGCUCAUGUUGGCUCCUUCUUACACGUCUCUCUGCCUCCUCAAAAGCCUUUACCUCUUUGUGGAAAAAAAAGAUAAAAUCAGAAUUGUUAUGCGAAAGGAAUUGGAUUCAAUGGUUCAUGUCCUCAUUACAUAAAAGUUAUAUUUAACUUGCUGAAUCCCUACAUGCCACUGUAGAAGACAGAUACCGCAAGUUUCACAGCUCUUUCUGGGGUUCAUCAGGGCAGGAGCUGAUGAACAACCCUGUGCCCUGUCAUGUGGACAACUCUGGUGGUGGAUAUUUGUUUUCAUCUUCCUCUGGAUAUUGCAAUGUUUCAGCCGUCUCAGCUCGUGGAAGGACUUCCCAAACCCACCCACCUGUCUCCACCAUGCCAAGUGACAGAUUGGCUAUGCAGUCUUCAUUGAUUAAUAAUCAUCAGCCUCAGGAGUUUUCAGAUCCACUUGACGAGUUCUUUGAUUUCUCUGACCAUGUUUCUGCUCCUAAUCCACAAGAAGAUGGUAGUGGAGUAAAGUUGGUUUCAUCCUUGGAGCUUCGAGAGAAAAGCGAAUGGCAAACUUGGGCAGAUCAGUUGAUGUCUGUUGACAAUGGUUCAGAACCGAACUGGUCUGAACUUCUUGGAGAACCAAGUCCACACAAUCCAAACUCACAGGUUCCUCAGCGUUCACAUGAUUUGCAACAGAUACUGACACCACCAAGGCAAGAGGUAAUAGCUAACCAGCAGCAUCAGGCGGUUUCCUCGGAAGAGCAGCUCAGCGGUAGAAACUCAUCAGCUAGUGGAGCAACAUCUAAACAGCGCAUGCGUUGGACACCAGAGCUUCAUGAGGCGUUUGUUGAAGCUGUUAAUCAGCUUGGUGGUAGUGAACGAGCCACGCCUAAGGCUGUUUUGAAGCUCUUGAAGAACCCUGGCUUGACCAUUUAUCAUGUUAAAAGCCAUCUGCAGAAAUACAGAACAGCUAGGUAUAAACCUGAGACUUCAGAAGCUACAGGAGAAACUCAAGAGAAGAAGAUCACAUCCAUUGAAGAUAUCAAAUCUCUUGACAUGAAGACGAGCGUUGAGAUCACACAAGCUCUAAGGUUACAGAUGGAAGUUCAGAAACGUCUCCAUGAGCAGCUCGAGAUCCAACGGUACCUACAGUUACAGAUCGAAAAACAAGGCCGACAGCUACAGAUGAUGUUUGAGAAACAACAGAAGUUACAAGAGAACAAGAGCUCUUCCUCAGAGCUAUCACCAAAGCAAUGUAAUGGCACAUCUGCAGAAGUAGAGUUUGGUCUCGAGGCACAAGCAGUGAACCAAACUGAACCUGCUUCAUCAUCAAGGAAACGGACCAGAGAAGAUUAGUAGAUUAAAAAUAUGCUUAAAGUUGAUUUGUGGAAAACCAAGAGAUGCAAUAACUCCAAUUUUGUUAUAAGAACAAUUGUUUCUUCUUAGCUCUGUGUUUUGUUCUGUUUAGGAACACAAGUGAAGUGGUUAAGAUGAUUACAGA